AUUGGAUGUAUUGGGAUGCACUUCCUGAUUUUGAAGAGCUUAUUGGACUGAACUCAAAAGGGGCCUCAACCUUGAUGUCUCAGCAUCUGCUUGCUGCGGCUGAUCGGUAUGGUUUAGAUUGGUUGAGGUUGCUCUGUGAAGCUAACCUUUGUGAGGAUGUCGCUAUCAACACUGUUGCAACCACAUUAGCACUUGCAGAACAACACCACUGUUUCCAGCUGAAAUCUGUCUGUCUCAAAUUUGUCGCACUUCCUGAUAAUCUUAGAGCUGUCAUGCAGACAGAUGGUUUUGACUACCUUAAAGAAAGCUAUCCACAUGUGCUCACUGAGUUAUUGGAGUAUGUUGCCAAGAUCAACGAACAUUCUAUUGCUGUUGGCAAGCUAGGGAUCGAAGGUAUUCUAGAUGGAGGGGAUGUUAAUGGUAGACGCGUCAAACAAAGAAUGUGAAAAGUCGCGAUUGCCUAGUGAUUUCCAAUAGCUGAGUAAGAAAAUACAUUAGAUCCUUCUUUAGGGUUUACUAGAAAUAUAUUUUCCGGCUGUUGGUCGUGUUUGAUACAAUGUAAAUGAUUUGCUUCCCUUCAUUGUAAUCUGGGAUGGAUCUCUCUAGAGCAUGAACUCAACGCCCUCUGCCAUAAAAUUGUAAGAUGUGUAUGGUUUCCCUUACUUAACUAACAACAUGUCUAUUCUG